GCGUAGUGGGCUGUAGAAUCCCAAUGGUGGGGGGACGAAAAUCGUUUUUGAAACGCCAUAGUCGACGGUCGUUUCCUGAACUAAUUGCUUAUGUGCGUUGUUUGAAAUAGUUUCAAACAACUCUCGACGGUCACAAGCACUGAGGCACAGGAAUUAGUUUUCGAAUUGUUUGGAAGAGUUUGAGCGGUUAAAACGGUUAAAAGUCAAAAGUGACCUUUAUAUGGACCGCAUUAAGAUAAAUGGAUACGAUAUUAUCACCUAUAUUGUGUAUACUAUAGCAAGUGUAUAUACUUAAGCAUUACAUUUUACUUGCAUAUAUUUAUUGAAAAUGUUCGCAGUAAACGCGAACAGUUUUUCGCGGCAGAUUUUACCUUGACCGUAAAAUAUUAAAUCGUUGACUGAAGAUUUGAACGAUCGAUCUCUUGAUAUAUAUAUCAGAGAUCGAACGUUUUUUUCAUUAUAUCCGGAAGAAGCUAUUGCGAUAUAUCCCUCUUCGGUGGUAGCAGCAAGGACGAGACCUUCCUGGGUGGUAGGCCGAAAUUUACCCGGAGGUGGAACAACCUAGCCUAAAUCCAGAUCGUUAUCGUAAUAUUUGAGGAUAGUGGCUAUUUUGUAGCGCAUACGUUCAGAUCUGUAUGGGUAUUUAGACGUCAAAGGUUCGAACAAAGUGGCUCCUAAUUUUUGAAAAACUAACGUUCUAACCGUGAUCCAACUUAUAACUAUUGUAUUUAUACUAAUUUCUGUAUUGUUUGGUUAGCUUUGCGCCUCAAUUGUAAUUUGUACAGCUGUUACUGGAAAAGAUAAUUAUAACUAGCCUUUUGUCAAUGAAAUAAUGCUUCGGUAUAUAAUCAAAUACUGAUGAAAUUUUGAAAAAAAAAUCGUACACGAUGUCAACGAAUUCAAUGUAGCUCUGAAUUCUCCUCUGUGGCAGAGCUCUACAAAGUCUAACUAUUAGGCAGACGAAUUUAUCUACGUUUUAACUAAGUUAUUUUUUUCACGAUUAAACAAAGUAAAGAAGUUGUCACUCACAAUCCAAGGAUUAGGUACAGCUUGCAUAAAAGAAACGAUAAGCUUCGAAUCAGAGCUGACCAGAGACACUUAAUGGCUGAAGUGAAUAAUUUAAAAUAAAAAUUGUUCAUUCACCAUAGUGAAAUAUAAACAUGAAGCAAAUUUUGAAGUGCUGAAAAAUCAUUAAAUUGCAAGGAUUGUUGCAUAAAUAAACACUGCAUACAUUCUGCUAAAGGCAGAAGAUUCACAUGUGGACUAAGACGGAGUGCUCAGAAUUUUAUCACCGUAGAUUUUGUUAGGGCCUGACAAGGAUGCUUGAUGUUUUAGUAAUUUGAAAAUGGUUUUUUUUUAUGUCCAGAAGAUUCGGGCAGACCUGAGGAUACAUAGUAUUUUUCAAACGCGACUGCAAACGAAAAAACACUACUUCUGUGAUGGCUCAACGGUGUGAAGUCUGCAAAAUUGACCUUACUGACGAUUAUUCAUAUCAAGGCCAUCUCACUGGUAAAAAACAUAAAAAAAAUUUAAAAUUCGCACAACACAAACAGAACAUCCAAGAAAGAUCAAUCUUUGUGUUUGAUUUUCCAUCCUACCUCACCACCCGUGAGUUGGUAGACUUUUUCCUCCAAUAUGGGUCAAUUCAGAGCCACAGGUUCCAACGAGGCUAUGCUCUAAUAGAAUUUGAAGACAGCGCACCAGUUGACUUUCUCACGAGUCAUCCAGUUUUCAUACGCAACCACAGAUUGCGCAUCAAACGCAAAAUAUUUCAUGAUAACUUAAAACCAGCAAACACAGAAGAUCAAAACAAGUUAUCAUACGAAGAAUUUAAAGAAAUAUUUGAAGGUGAAACUACUUUUGACAGUCAGUUGAUUGCAUUUCUAAAUGCCAUACAACAUGGUGGUGUCAUAGAAGGAGGGUAUGGAUUCGUUUGUUCGAGCUUAUACGACAUGUUUAGGACACGAUUCCAUGGUUGCGAGGUCCACAAAUAUGGAUCAACCGUCACUGGAUUGAGUUUCAAAAAGAGUGAUCUUGAUGUUUACGUGAAUAUAGGGUUGCCGAUCCAUGAAAAUGAGGAAAAUGCACAUCCUUGUGACUGGACGCCAAAAAAAGUAUUUAGGAUGGCUAAAUCUCUGCUGUUCAAACGAAAAAAUACUUUCACAGACAUAGUUUUGAUACCAAAUGCAAAGACACCCAUUAUUAAAUGUCGCCACGCACCCACAAAUAUUCUUUGCGAUAUCAGCUUUAAAAACAGCCUUGGCGUGCGUAACUCUGACUUAAUAAAAUUCUAUCUAUCGCUGGAUACACGGCUCAAACCUUUGGUGAUAAUUCUCAAAUUCUGGGGCCAGCUAUUUGGCAUAGCUGGUACCGGAAAAAUAUCAAACUACGCUUUGACCAUGUUAAUUAUAUUUUUCCUGCAACAACCAGAACGAGCUAUAAUACCCACUGUGGCAGAACUACAAUCAACUGUUGAACCGGAAUUCGUCCAGGGCUGGCAAGUGAAUUAUAACAAAAACUUCAAAAACCAACCUAUUGAUACAACAACUACUAUACCAGAUUUACUUUAUGGGUUCUUUGACUUUUAUGCCCGGUUUGACUUCAAUUCUCAAAGUCAAGUAGUUUGCCCCUUAGAUGGCAAAGCGCAUCCUAAAACCUAUUUCACCAAAGUAGAAGAAUUACCAAUGUCUAUGCUUAGGUACAAAGAGUACGUCCGUGUAACAUCUAACCCUGUCCUGCUCUCCACCGAUAAACCGAUGUGCAUUCAAGACCCGAUUGAAUUGAACCACAAUGUGACUUCAGGAAUAUGCUCUCGUGCAGUGGACUGGUUCCAACAACAAUGUAUAACAUCGCGUGAAGUUUGUGAAAAAGCAAGAGAAAGUGAUAACAAAACUUUAUUUUCUAUGCUAUUCACGAACCAAACGAUAGUAGAAAAGAAACAGAAAAUGAAAAUGAGUAUGCGUUUGUUGAUUCGGAGUGAAAAAUUCUUGAAGACUGUAUUACCUCCUGACAGUGUUCUCCAACCAGAUAUAAUUAAUAGAGGACAAUUUACUAUAGCGAACUGGUUUGAAGCUGUCUUGCGUAUAACAAAAGAUACUUUUGAAAGAGUUUUGAAACUGGAUGUAAAACUUGGGACUUUAGACAGGGAAGCGAAGCAGCAAAAGUGUGAGAUAGAGACGGAUGUGCAUUCAAAUGAUAAUACCAGAAUUAUUCUAGAAUGUUCAGGUUUCUACAAAUUGUGGUAUGGGCGUGGGAAGAAGAAGCCUGUGUUUGACCCAACACUGAGCAUUUUAGAUAAAGAAGCUGGCAUAUCUGAUCUAAUGGUUCAAGAACUUGAGAUACUUCCAGCACCAAGCAUACCGAUUAUAAAUUUCAUUUGUAUAUUCGAAAAACAGCUGAAACCAGUCUCAGUUCUCUUGGAAUUUAAAAAUAACAAGUCUGUGAGGAACACAUUCGGUGAAUUCUCAACUUUUAUUGCAAGCAAACUUCCUCAGAUAGUCGAUAAGACAUUGCUACACAUGUUACAGUUUGAAAAAGUAGACAGUAAUAGAACCAAACAUUCUCAUGAAACAAGUUUUACUACCUGCAACCAAAAAGAAUUGGAAUCUCGCCAACAAGAUUAGUAUUCCAGAAUGUUAAAUACGCCCAGUAAAAUAAGCCGCAAACAAACAUUUGAGUACUUCAAGAACCUCAAUCAAAACUCGGUUUUUUAUUUCUAUCAUUGACCGCAUACGUUACUACGAAUAAUACAUUAUUUACUGAGUUGUCACAUGUACUUUCUAAUCAAACUUUAGCAUAACUUUACAAUUUGACAAGCAAUGUAUGAUAGACAGUAACAGCCACUGGGUGACUAUGUAUGGUCACAUAAAGUUCCUGCAUUAGAUUCACAAUCUAACGAUUAUUGGAAAUUUAUUGUGAAAACGAUCGUCCACUAGCUUGCAAGGGAUUAAACAUCAUUCAAGUUAACGAAUACUUUCAGUUUUUAUGAGAUAUUGGCAUCGAGUAUAGUUACAUCAUAACCAUUAUUAUUAUUCGGUUUAAAUCGACGAUUUGAAAUCUGGAAACAGAAAACAGCUUAGCGCUAUCUUUAACUUUAAUCAAACAUAGUUUUUUUUUUCUACAUUAAUGUGCAUAAUUUUACACAGUAUUUGGUACAAACAGUAUGAUUAAGGCAUAAAAACAAUGUAGCUGGUUUAUUUACCUACAUUGACUGUGGGUUGUAUGUUUUUGACUGAAAUGCAUAAUACAUUGAAAUAAAAUAAUACAUACUACUGUA